AUGUCUUCAUCCAUCAAGCCCAUCGUGGUCCACGGCAAAUUCGGCCCCAACCCGCCCAAGGUGUACAUGCUCCUGAACGAGCUCGGACUUCCCCACACCGGCAUCCCGCACGAUCCCGCCGUCAUCAAGCAGGAGCCGUACAUCUCCCUGAUCAACCCCAACGGCCGCAUCCCCGCCAUCGAGGACCCCAACACCAACCUGACGCUGUGGGAGUCGGGCGCCAUCCUGGAGUACCUGGUCGAGACGUACGACAAGGACCACAAGGUCAGCUUCGCGGCAGGCAGCAAGGAAUCCCACCUCGCUCGGCAGUGGCUCUUCUUCCAGACGACGGGCCAGGGGCCGUACUUUGGCCAGUUCGUGUGGUUCUCGCGGCACCACGAACCCAAGGUGCCGAGCGCCGUCGAGCGCUACGCAAAGGAGAUCAACCGCGUCACGGGCGUGCUCGAGAAGCACCUCUCAUGGCAGCCCGAGGAUGCCGACGGCAACAGGUGGCUGGUCGGCCGCAGGUACUCGUUCGUCGACCUGGCCUUCGUCCCGUGGCAGUACCACGCCGGCAAGCUGGCCAAGGACUAUUACAAGAUUGACGCCUACCCGCACGUCGAGAAGUGGUUCGAGGCCUUGAUGGCAAGGCCCGCCAUCAAAAAGGUUCUAAAUGAGGACAUGCCACCACCAUCGUCUUGA